CGGGUGGCCGCCGCCGGCGUCAAUCGCGGCGACACGGUCCAGUGGCAGGGCCGGCCGGCGCCUCGCCCUACCCGGAGCUCGAGUGCUCCGGCACCAUCGUCGCUCUCAGGGCCGCGCUGGGCCGUCGGUACCAGGUGUGCGCGCUGCCUGCUUACCGGCGGUGGGUAUGCAGAGAAGGUGGUGGUUCCGGCAGGGCAGCUUCUCCCGGUGACGGAGGGGGUGUCGCUGACUGACAGCCGCCAGCUUGCCCGAGGUGGCCUGCCACCAUUUUCAUGCCACUCACCUCUCCCUCGGUGAAUCCUUCCUUAUCCAUUGUGGAUCAAGUGGAGUCGGUACAUUCGCUAUACAGAAUUCAAAGCACCUUGGAAAUGUACACAUGAGACAUUAUUCUUUGGACAACAUCUCUACUGCUCUAGGAGGCACUUUUGAGUGUCUGCAUCAACCUUUAGGAAUUGCAGCUGGGCUGCAGAAGAGCUAAAUAACAAACCACCAACUCCAUAUAUCUAUUGUGAAGAUAAGUAUAAUAAACACAGACAAUUUUUGACAUUUUACAUUCAUACAUCAACACAAAUUGAUGUAUACUAUCGCUGUUAAGUAGCCAUGACCAUCAUACAAAACUACGAUGCAUAAAAAAUUGAGGUUCGUCAUUUAUAUUCCAUGAUAUGAGAAUAAGAAGACCAAUUUACACAAAAGUUCACUGCUAAGUUUCAUUUUGAUCCAAACAGUGUGCCAAUUCACAUGGACCAAGCUUAUAUGUGGUACUUCCAACCCACAAACUAAACAGAUUUCUUAGUUCAGAUCAUACUUUUAUGUAGGAAAAGGCUAGCGCGGCCCUUAAGAACCCUAACCAAUGCUGCUUUGUUUUUACAACUUUCAUUGUUUCUAACAUCCAAAUCAAACUGUUGUUACACACAUGUUUGCUGUAUAGAUGCACUCAAAAAAUCCUACAUUUACUUUCUCGGAGAAUUGCAUUUUUCUGGUUGUAAAAAUAGGAUGAGCAGCAACUUUCUUGUCAACAUGAUGGCCUCCUGAAAAUAAUUGAGACCAGUCCAUCACUUAUUUAUGAACUACUACUUUUACUAUCGAUGAUAAGUGAGCUAAUUUUUCCUUAGAGAUCGCCUUCCCAUUGGCACUAACUUGUAUAGAUGCAUGUGGCCAUUUUAUUGAUUAUUCUCGAGGACCUUACAAAGUAUAACAACAAUAUGCCUGAAUCCGCCAUCUUGGCAACAUCUGCCGCUACUCCUAUCCAUAUGAUGAUGGGGUGCAAGCUAGGCCACAUACCCAAACCUCUCACCUAAGCCUAACAUCUAAAGUCGGAGGCCUCGACCGAGCCACCUACCGGGUCCGGGGCACAAACCGGUCCGGCGCACUCACAUGUGUUGUUGCCAUCUUCUACUGGUCCAUCUUCAGAGCAGAUUGAGGUGUCAACCUUGGCAGGUCCUCCGCCAUCGACAUCACCAUGAUGCCAAACGAUGACCUCCACCUACGCGAGUCCAACUCCAAGCAGCGGACGUAGAUCCAUGCUAGGAUAGGGCCGCACCACCGCCAUCGCCCACCACCCACAAGCACCACCCAACCCCAAGGUUCCCAAAGCGGCGCCUACAAGAAGGGAACGGCGCCGUGAGCGCCGCCGCCGCCCAACAAAGUUAGGGCUUUCGCCCGGGAGACCUAGGGGAAGGAGAAGUGAGGAGAUCAGUCCAUAUCGAUGCCUCCAAGGAGGGGAACGACGCCCUCAGGCGUCGCCGUCGGCGCGGCCGGCCAGGGAUUUUGCCCGAACUAGAUCCCUGCCACCAGCAGCGCCUCCUGUACAGAACCGGCGAUCAAAGGAAGCGCGGCCCAACCAGGCUGGCCCGCACGUCGAACAGGAGAGGAGGGGAGGCGCCAGAUCGCGCGCACCGGCCACCGCAUAAGCCGCCGCCAGCCGCCAACGACCACCGGGAUCUCGCCGCCCGCGCCGCCAGGACGCCAGAUCCACCGCCCGCACGGCUGCUCGCCGGAGCCUGCCAUUCCUCGCCAAAGGAGCCGCCGCUCCAGAUCCGGGACUCCCCACGCAAAGGCAGCGCAGCCGGGGCCCCGCCGCCACCAUCCUUGGCGCCCCGGGCUUGCCCGGCGGCUGCCUCAGGCGGCGACGAGGAAGGGAGGGGGAGGUGAGCCUGGUGGCACGGCUAGGAUUCGCCCCCCUUGUCCCAAUGCACUCGUAAUGCAUAUAUAGUCCCUCCUAAUCAUUUUGCGUUUGUUUCUUGUCAAGAUUCAGAUCGAAUUUUCGACAUCAGACACGUAUUUUGUUAAUCAGAUGCUGAAGGUAAGAUCAGGACACAAAAAACAUAUGGGACUUAAUAAUUAGCAGUUUCAUUUUGAUAUACUGUGCGGAAACACUUAUUUUCCAGGAAUCUAGCUUCAUGUAAGCAUGCAAAGUUGAUUUUUUACAUCCAAUUUGACCAAUUGCAGAAAAAAUCAAUCCUCUCCACUUGAAGGUAGGUGAUGCACACAGAUUUCUUCUUACCUUGCAAGCACCGUUGGAUGAAGACAGUACUGUAGGCAUGAUCAUGAUCAUGGAGAAGCGCAUGCCGUCUUGCUGUCCCUCCCCGGCUUGCCUCGAUCUUGCAUGAGAGGUUUAUUUGCGUAGGACUGUCGGGGGAUAAUUGGAUCGAGUAGGAGUUGUUACGUGGAAGAGGAGCUAGCUGGGCGAUCCUUUGGCUAGGUGACGAGGAAGAAAUUGAGACGGCUGGCCGUUGUAUGGGAGCACGGCCAGAGAUGGAGUUCGAUAAGGUCUGCACCUAACCGAGAAGGUUUAGCUACCCAUAACAAUAUCCUUAUCGGAUAUAACUUGGGGAAGGCCAAGGCGUACGCCCUACUAUAUAAGCUCGGCCACCCACGCCCCAAACAAAUCACAACCAACCUUCCUCAAGUCGUUUGUUCCCCCGAGCAAUCGAGUUGUGUUCCCGGCGGGCGAUCGAUCGAUCUUGCUGAGCAUCAUGGUUUCCGCCGACGUGGCCCGCAACAUCGUGGGCAUCAUUGGCAAUGUCAUCUCCUUCGGCCUCUUCCUCUCCCCUGUGCCGACGUUCUGGCGUAUCUACAAGGCCAAGGACGUGGAGGAGUUCAAGCCGGACCCCUACCUGGCGACGCUCAUGAACUGCCUGCUCUGGUUCUUCUACGGGCUCCCUAUCGUCCACCCCAACAGCACCCUCGUCCUCACCAUCAACGGCAUCGGCCUCGUCAUCGAGGGCGCCUACAUCAUCAUGUUCAUCAUCUACGCGGCCAAGAACACAAGGUGGAAGAUGCUCGGCGUGCUCGCCAUCGAGGCGGCGUUCAUGGCUGCCGUGGUGGCCGGUGUGCUCGUCGGCGCCCACACCCAUGAGAAGCGCUCCAUGAUCGUAGGCAUCCUCUGCGUCAUCUUCGGCUCCAUCAUGUACGCCUCCCCGCUCACCAUCAUGGGUAAAGUGAUCAGGACCAAGAGUGUGGAGUACAUGCCGUUCUUCCUGUCGCUGGUAAACUUCCUCAACGGUCUCUGCUGGAUGGGCUAUGCGCUCAUCAAGUUUGACAUCUACAUCACGAUCCCCAAUGCCCUCGGUACAAUCUUUGGCCUCAUCCAGCUGAUCCUAUACGGGUACUACUACAGAUCAACCCCCAAGAAGGGCAAAAUCGUCGAACUGCCCACCGUCCUCACCAAAAACGCCGUUACCAGUGGCGACGUCUCGGUCACCAUUGAGAAAUAAGCUUGGCGUUGUUUUAAGCCCUAAAGAUUUUGAGUAGUUAAUACCGGAUGAUACCAACAGGUCUGAUUGUUAAUUAGUAGUACUUUUUGUUAGCUAGUAGAGUCUGAGAUUGCCUUUAAUUUUGUGAACAAUUGUCGUCUGUCCGAGACUAUAGUGCAAAUUGCAAGUGUAUAUAUAAAUACCAAUGCAGCUGAGUUAUCCCAGAGAUAUAUUAUGACACCACAUA